GCGGCAAUCCUUGCACUCAUUGAUUAAAAAUGUCCAUUCUCAUACCGCAGUGUAUUAGCGAAAAGUUUUAAGCGCAUUGAUUGAAUCGAACAGAAGCCUUUUUUCCAGCUAGUGGCGUUAGUGGAAGAUUUAUGGUACUUUAAGAAACUUCGAAAAGGAGUUAAGCUCUGGUGAUGUUGAAGAUUGUUACUUAAUCUGGACUUGAAAGUUCGCCAAAAGUGUUUCGCUUAAUUGUAUUAAUUCCUCUAAACGUGGUAGACGUUAAACUUUGAGUUUCCAUCCAACUGAAAAGCAGAAAGUGUAUUUCGGCGCUAUUCAAACUUACAGCUCUGAUUCUGUGCUAAUAUGAAGAAUUUGUAUGUGUGGAAAAGUGAAUUUGUGUUGUGGUGAAUUGAAGUUAAAAAAUGUGGCUACCCCUGCAUAUUCUGUUAAGGUGCGACACGUGAACAACCCCAUAUGAGUAAAUCAGGAUGAUCGCCCCUGAGGUAACAGCACCUGGAAGUUGGUGAACCCUCACCGAAGGAUAACGACAAUCAUCAUGUCUUGGAUAUUAUACACUCUAGUCGGGCUUUUUCUUGCCCUGCACCAGGCCAAAUCUUCCGGAGUAUUCGAAUUGCGAUUGAAAUCAUUUGACAACGAAGCGGGCAAAGACGACUUGGGAAAGUGCUGUAGCGGAAAAUUGGGAGAAAAUUCCGAAUGUAGCGAUUACUGUCAUCCACGAUUUCGUGUUUGUCUCAAGGAAUAUCGAGUUAACAUCGACCCUACAUCGCCAUGCACAUUCGGAGACGUUACGACUUCUGUACUUGGACCAAAUUUCGAAAAUGACACGACCCAAGAUGGUUUUGAAAAUUCCAUUCGAUUUUCAUUUCCAUUCACGUGGCCGGGCACAUUUUCGUUAAUUGUCGAAGCAUGGCAUGGAAAUCUGACGUCAAAUUCAGGAGUGCUUAUUAGUCGGCUAAUGAGGCAGCGAUGGCUCGACGUAAGCGAAGAGUGGACCGAAGAUCUUCACAACUCGAAAUACUCCACGUUGAAGUUUGAGUAUCGCGUAACGUGCGAGCAGCAUUAUUACGGAAAGGGUUGCGAAAAUUUCUGCCGGCCGAGAGAUGAUAAUUUCGGGCAUUAUACCUGCUCUGCUGUGGGAGAUCGCGUUUGCUUAUCUGGCUGGACUGGCGAUUACUGCACCAAAGCUCGUUGUCUACCCGGUUGUGACGAACAGCAUGGUCAUUGCACUGUACCUAAUGAGUGCAAAUGCCAAUCGGGUUGGGAAGGCCCUUUAUGCAACGAAUGUCAACGUUAUCCCGGCUGCAUGCACGGUACGUGCGUGAAACCCUGGGAUUGCAUUUGCAACGAAGGUUGGGGCGGACUUUUUUGUAACCAAGAUCUCAAUUUCUGCACGAAUCACAAACCUUGCCGCAACGGAGGCACUUGCCGAAACACCGGACCAGGAAGCUAUACUUGCACAUGUCCCCCCGAGUUUACCGGCAGCGAAUGCGAAAUAGCAAUCAACGACUGCAGCACAAAACCCUGUCUUAACGGCGGCACAUGCAGCCCAAACGGCACCUACCACAUAUGCCUAUGUCCUCGAGGUUUCAAUGGACCCCAUUGCGGUACUGCGAUUCAAUCUUGUGAUGGAAAACCUUGCAAAAACGACGGAAUUUGCCUAGACACCGACAGAGGAUAUACGUGUAAAUGUAAGGCGGGGUUUGUUGGGGAUAACUGUGAGCAGCCCAUCAACCACUGCCUUCCAAAUCCUUGCCUAAAUAAUGGAUCCUGCGUUCACAAUGCUAACGGCUUCCGAUGCGCCUGUCCUUCGGGCUUUACGGGUCAUAGAUGUGAGACUAACAUAGACGAUUGCCAAGAUAACCCAUGUUUAAAUGGUGGGACGUGCGUCGAUAAAGUUAACGAAUUUUAUUGUCAGUGCGUGCCCGGGUUCGUCGGUUCUCUUUGCCAAACACGCGUAGACUAUUGCACCACCAAACCUUGUGCAAAUGGUGGAACUUGUAUAAAAUUGACGAACGACUAUAGGUGUAAGUGCGCCCCAGGUUUUACGGGUAAAGACUGUAGUGCAGAAUUAGACUUAUGUCAGUCACAACCGUGUCGGAACGGAGGUACGUGCGUGAAUCGUGUCCACGACUUUGAGUGCCAUUGUCCUGGCGGCUUCUUGGGUCGCACGUGUGAAAAAACUUUAUCCACUGUAGAUCAAUGUUCGGCGCAUCCCUGUCGAAACGGGGGAUCGUGUAUUAACGGCGACAGUGGUUUCGAAUGCCGAUGUUUACCGGGAUACUUGGGCCUUACGUGCGAAGAAAUCACUUCCAGCGUGUCCCCAAGCGCUCAAGUCUCGUCAAAAUCCCAGCUAACCACCGAGCAUGUUGUUGUGAUAGCAACUAUCUCCACGUUCGUGCCGUUCCUAGUACUGAUCGCCGUUGGAGUUAUUGUUUGCUUGAAGCAACGGCGAAAGAGAGAGAAGGCUCGUGCUGAUGAAGAGGCAAGGUUGCAAAACGAGCAGAACACCGCUCAUAGCAGCUUUUCCAAGAGUGGUGCGGCGAUGUCGACGGAGGCCCAUAUGAUAAAAAAUUCGUGGGGAAAGUGUACCAACAACGUGCUAAGCUCGAACUUACCGUCCCCAGAAGACUGUAUUACAUCUAGCAUAAGUGUUAGUGAUAAUGAAUGUUUCGCGAAACCUUUACACCAAGUGAUCGACGGACGUUCUGUGUAUACGCUGCAAAGAACACGAUCUCAAAAACAACUUAACACCGAAUCGGGUCAGCGUGCUUCAGUGCUACUCUCUGCCAAAAUGCACGAGCACGAGUACGAGCCUAUCAAGCGACUCUCCCUAAUGUCGAAUUCCUCGACCAUAUGCGGAGUUAACGACCCAUCGUUGUUGAAAAGGCCAAUGGAUAAAGAUCCCAGUGGCGUUUAUGUGAUAGAAGAACAUUUUCAUCGACCUGAUGCGAUAAACCAAGGUCUGAUUGCUACCGAGGUGUAGAGUGUAUGGAGGAGUGGAACGUAUGUGAUGUCGACCUCAACGGCAGUUAAUAGGAGCAAGUUGUACAGCUAUUUAUUACCGGCUUCCACUUGCUGCCGUUUAGGGCGCCUAUAGAAGUUAAUUUAUUUUUGCAUGUGUACUUAUUAUUAUUAGGUUCCCAAGGUCCAUUGUCCAGAUUAUAGCGCCAAAUUCGUGAUGCCGCUCUCGUAGCCGCCAAUACUAACAACCAGAUUUUUCUCUAAUGGCUCUAUGUGUAUAUGUAUAUAUUUCUUAGGGUUAUUUUCUUUCUCUUAAUAUUUUCUAUUUUUAUAUUUAUUUUGUUAGCCAUUAUUGGAGAGUACUGGUUGGUGCGAACCAAAGACUUUGACGUAUUCAAGAGUCUUGUCUUGCGAAUUUGGCGCAUGUUCCUUUUCUCAAGUAGAAUGUAACUAAUUUAACACAAUGAUUGUGUUUGUCUUUGUAAUAUGUGAUCAUUUGAAACAAACUAAGUCAGAACUGUCUAAAUGGGCGUUUCGCAGUAUUUUUAAGAUCUGUUAGCUACCUAACUUUUGGCUUGCGAUAGGUAAGCGAUUAAUCUUCUCGUCUCAACGAUGGGAAGACUAAUCACUCUUUGUGACCAGAAGCGACUGAUGUUAUAUGUAUAUUGGUAUCAGCCUUAGUAUUAGAUAAUAACGAAUGUCUUUGAGCAAAGAUAUCAUGUUCCUCUAGUUAUGCUAAGUCAUGUCAUUAUUGGUUCACAAGAACUGAAAUUCUCCUGUUCUUGUAAACUGAUCAUAUACUUGUUGUAUUAAUGAAUAACGUGAACAAGUUGAAUUUGAAGACUUAAUAAUCGUCAAAAGACCAUUUGUAAUAUAUUAUGUACAUUUAUAGUGAGAAGUAAUUGUAAACUUUAUGUCAAUA